AUGAAAUAUUCUGCUUAUUAUGUAACACUUGUAUAUUUAUUAAGUAAAUGUUUAUUUUUUAUUAAUGUAACAGGACAAUUAAAUUUUCUUAAUCGUUAUCUUUUUGGGUCAAACGAUAAUUGGAGAAAUUUGUUGCACUGGAAUUCAACUUUUUGGAAGGAAUCUGGAGUAUUCCCUAGAGUUACUUGGUGUGAUUUUGAUGUCAGAGAAAUGGGACAAUCAGUUAACCAUACAGUUCAAUGUGUUUUAGUUUUAAACGUUUUUAUGGAAAAAGCUUUUAUGCUUUUGUGGGGAUGGUAUACAGUUUUGGCAAUUAUUACUUUGGCUAAUAUUAGUGCUUGGUUCUAUGGCUACUUAAGUACAGCUUCUGCCGAACAUUUUAUUUUUAAUCAUUUAGAAAUGGCUGGUGAACCAUUAUUCGAUAAAGAUCCAAAUAUUUUACAACCAAAACAAAUUCAGCAAUGUGUAGCUAAAUUUAUUGUUAAAUAUUUAAAAACGGAUGGAUUAUUUAUUCUUCGAUUAAUUGCCCAACACGCGGACGUGCAAAUGUCAACACAAUUAAUUUAUAAAAUGUGGACAAGUCAUUAUAUUAUUGAAAAACAAAGAGAAUCACUAAAAAAAUCAGAACCUAUAUGGAAACGUCAUUUAUUAGCAUUAGAAAAAAUGACAUUACAAGUAGAAUUAGAAGGAGGAGAGGAAAUGCAAGAACAUACAUAUCCAAAAAUGGGACAUAGACGUGAAAGUAUUACAAGCUUGGCUGAAAGUGAAACAACUAGAUGUUAA